GCGUACACGGGAUGACGUCUUGUUUGAAACCUGCGCUGAUUGGUUGUAUAUCUUCAUGACAACGUCUGACGUAAUGUUUGCGCACGAUUUAAAUUUACCAUUCGUCUUAUAGCCAACCCGUAUUUUCGUCUACAUUUGUAACCAGAAGUCUCUUUGUGGUACUGUCCUCAGAAGAGUGAAGGAUAUGAACGAUGACCUCUGCAAGAUGUUUGAAAGGGUUGCUAGAAAUAAGGGAUGGAUGGACGAGGGACUGGACGCAACGGAAAAAAAGUUGCUGCAUAUGAUUGGCAAGACGCGUCAUUUUGGGACAAGUGCUGGAUCAGGAUGUGCCUUCAAUAAAACGGCUCCGAGCCAGUCCAGUGAUGAAGAGUUUGAUAAGUUUCUUGUGGAAAACUUUACACCCAAUGCAAAAACUAAGCCACAGAAGCCCUGCGGUGCUGCAAAGACAGCCAGCUCAAAUGUUCUUAUAGAGAGCUCAGAUGAUGAAGACGGCUUUGAGACAUUUUUGCAGAAAGUGAAAACCCCUACUACCAACGCAGAGAAAAGAGCUGAAAGCAGCAGUGAAGAUGGCCUGAAAAACUUCAUAGUGAACGAUUACUCAUCUGAUGAUGACUUCCUUGAAACAAAAUCAUACUUAAGAGUUCCUCAGAAGAUCAAUACUCCCGCAGGACAGCGUACAUACAGAAGACCCCUCGCCCAGUUUCACUCACCAGUCUUCUUUAGCGACAGUGAGGACGAUGAUGAAGAUAACAUUUUAAUGAGGAGUACUUGGAAGACCCGUCACUCAAAGCCCACGCCUCAACAAAAAUCUGAAAAGAGUGAAAACAAGGAGGUAGAGAAUACUUCGCCAGUGUCACCGUUUCUCCCGAGUCUUUCUGCUUUGCUCCUUCCUCCCAGCAACACUCGGACAUUAACGACUUCGCCUAAGCGCACUUUUUCAGCACCUUCCAAGCUGGACGAGUCAAGCGGUUCUGAGGAGGAGUUUGCAUCCCUGUUGGAGAGGCUGAAAAAGAAAAACCAUCUCUCCAGCAACUCAUUCAACCCAAAGACCACCAAAGAAGCUGAAACAAAGCUUGUGGUCUCAGCUCCUGCUGUGAAACCGUUCUCAACACCAAGCUCGAAACCGAUAAAGGAGAAACCUCAAGAUGUAAAAACACAAGGAAAGUCAUCCAUCAUGAAGCCUAAAGGCAGUCAGACAGAACCCAGACCUGCUACCAUGAGCAGGAUUGGGGUGUGUAAGAUCCCUGGCUGCUUCCUGGAGUCUCUCUCAGCUCCCGGUUCUACAUCUGGAUCCAUUUUCAGGACAAAUAAGGAAGACCUCACAAGCAAACUGUUCCACCUCUACAAUACUAGUGUAUUCGAAAACAAGCUUCCAACCCAGAUGUCGGUGACCUGGAAUAAAAAGAUGCGGAAAACAGCAGGCUACUGUAUCACAGGGCAGGAGAAAGGUGGAGGGAAUCGCUACGCUCGCAUCGAGCUGUCAGAGAAAGUCUGCGACUCUGCAGAUCGUCUCAGGGACACGCUGAUCCAUGAAAUGUGCCAUGCUGCCACCUGGCUGAUAAACGGCGUGAGGGACGGACACGGAAACUUCUGGAAGCUGUAUGCACGCAAAGCCAUGGUGGUGCAUCCUGAGCUGCCCACGGUGAAGCGCUGCCACAGUUAUGACAUCAAGUACAAGUUCCAGUAUCAGUGCACCCGCUGCCAGAAUACGAUCGGCCGCCACUCCAAGUCACUGGACACACAGAAGUUUGUGUGUGCCCUCUGCACAGGUCAGCUGAUCUUACUGACUCCUUCGAAGCCGCGAGCUCCCACGGCUUUUGCCACAUUCGUCAAAGAGAAUUAUGGAAACGCGAGGCAGGAGCUGGCGGGGCAGAACCAUGCGGAAGUGAUGCGAAAACUGAGCGCCGACUUUGCCAAGACCAAACUUACUGAAAGCUGACGGAGCAGAUUUCCUGAUAAUCUUUAACCUCAUUCAAUGAUUGUCUUUCUGUUCGGCUGUGAUAUUAUAUCAACUCUGUUCUUUUUCUUUUUGGCAUUGGUUGCUGUAACUGGAAAUGUGAACAAGAACAACAAGGUUGCCUGUCUAUUGUCUUUUUCUGUUUUCAAGAAGAUAUAUUUGUCAUGGAUUUUUCACUGUCUACAAAAUGCUGCCUUUUUUGCCAGUUUUAAAUUUUACUAAUAAAUAUUUGCAACAAAGGUUA